AUGAAGCCCGAAGAUGUCGAAAAAGCCCACAGCUCGCCCACCGUUGAGACUUUGAGUCUUCACCUCAACAAAAGCGCUUCUCAUAGCUCCUCUUCCGAUACAUAUCUCGCAAAGCCUGACCCCGUGCCGCAAACAAGAUGUCAACGAUGGAUCGCAAGCUUGAAAAAUAUGGAGAGUCGUGGCAUUGAGCCCAUUUCUAUCGAAAAUCGAGAGCCAAUAACACCUUCAACCAUACUGCAUAUGCUGCUGAUGUGGUUUAGUAUGACAUUGGCUACGAAUAACAUCAUUGUUGGAUCCAUGGGUACACUCGUGUUAGGCCUCAGCUUCAGGGACGCAGCUCUCUGUGCUGUAUUUGGAUGUUUAGCCGGCAAUUUCACUGUUGGGUUUAUCAGUAUAUGGGGACCCAAAAGUGGAAACCGAACUUUGAUCGUGGCCCGAUAUUUCAUGGGCUAUUAUCCUAGCAAAGUUUGCAUUAUCCUGAACCUUUUCACCAAUAUCGGAUAUAGCAUGGUAAACAGCGUGGUCGGUGGCCAGAUUUUAUCUGUGGUCUCUGGUGGCCAUCUUUCCGUGAUUGUGGGCAUUAUCAUUGUCGCCGUUUCCAGCUGGGCUAUGGCUGUCUUUGGCAUGAAAAUCUUCCAGCUAUAUGAACGUGUUGCCUGGUUGCCGCAGCUGUUAGUGAUAUGCGUGAUGAUUGGUUCCGCAGGGCCUCAUUUCGACUUCGACAUCCAGACACCAAUGUCAAGAGAGAACUUGAUUGCCAAAAGACUCACCUUUUUCUCCCUGGCAUUGUCCAUUGCCCUCGCCUGGGCCCCACUCGCCGCUGAUUACUAUGUCUAUCUCCCGCCGCAGAUGAAGAGCUCCCGGACAUUCCUGGUCACAGUCUUCGCCGCCACGAAUGGCAUGUCAGUUGUCCUCCUUAUGGGCGUUGGUCUUGGAACCGUCAUUGCUAGCUCGGCACAUUACGCGACCAAAUACGGCACCACUCCGGGAGGCGUGCUGAUGACGGCUUAUGAUGGUCUCGGAGGGUUCGGCAAAUUCUGUGCCGUUAUCAACGUCCUCGCCUUGGUUGCCAAUAACACCCCUGGGGCAUACUCGAUGGGAAUGAAUUUCCAGAUGAUUGGCGGGAGAUUUGGAAAGGUUCCUCGACCGAUCUCAACAACUCUCGCUACGGUUGUCUAUGCCGCAUGCGCGAUGGGAGGCCGGGACCGGCUGUACGAGGUCUUCAAAUCUUUCCUGCCUUUGAUCGGGUACUGGGUCAUGAUGUUCGUUGUGAUUGUCUUUGAAGAGCAUACGAUCUUUCGCCGGAAUAGAGGGUAUGACUGGUCUAAGUGGAACUGUCGCGAUGAACUGCCUUUGGGGAUUGCAGCGGCGGUUGCUUUCCUUAUUGGAUGGGCUGGUGCGAUUGUUGGAAUGUCCCAAGGGUAUUACAUCGGCCCCAUCGCGCAGAUGGCUGGCGGAGCUGAUCUGGGUCUAUGGUUGGGUGCGGGCUUCACUGCGAUGUUUUUCCCGCCGCUACGGGCAUUAGAGCUCAAAUUCUUUGCCCGCUAA